AUGAACUCCAUUUGCUGUGCUGGAAUAUCAAGAAAGAGAGAGGUACCCGAAGAAGCACAGAAAGGAAAAGACAUGGCACUGCUAGCCAGCAUUGAAGAUGGCACCUUUGCUACCCUCAGUGAUACCCACGUUAUUAAACUCUUUGGAGCCACCUUCGACUGGGAGCUCGGCCGCCUGAAGCACGCAAAGCCCACGGUGGAAUCCUCGAAGACAACAACGCUAGGGAACCUCGACGAUGAUGGCCUUACUCCUUCGCGGCUCUUAUUUGGAGAAGAUUUUGUAGAAGUCAACCGGACACUUGUUGCAAUGCUCGCCUUGAAGUGGCUAUGGUCUAAUGAUUACGACUCGUUCACCCGUCACCAGAACCAGACGCGAAAGCUACAACCUGAAUCAUUUGAGAGACUGCAUGCCAUUUUGUCUGGGGGCCUUCCGCACCCACAUGAGAUAUACGCUCUUCUCGUCGCGAUUGUGGUCAACGACCUUGGGAAAAAUGAUACCCUUGAAAUGUCAGUGACGGAGACCACUGGCCAGACAUACGAUAACCAUGACGAAGUCCUUUUAGCGGCUGCUAAAGCUCAACUAAUACCCUCGAUCAACACGCUUAGAUCGGAUAUGAGGUCAGAUCUGAUGCUGGGGCUUGAAGUUGGCUCAAGCUUUAACCUAGCACAGUUGGCUCAGGGGGAGAAUGUACCCGCAAGUCUCGAAAGCAUAUAUACGAUGCGUGACAGAGAGAGGGCAUUUUUUCUGAAAUAUAUGGAAGUUCUUUUGGAUAUUGCAGGAGCUGCCGGCCAUAUAGACUCUCGAAGUGCAGGUGCGAUGGCCGAACCGGUAUUUCGAAGCUAUCUCGCGGUAUACGACGCCCUAGUUGGAGCUAUUAGUGGGAUCUUCUCUCUAAACCAAGCAUACGAUCAUGUUUUGACUUGCCGGGCAAGGAUUCUUAAGGAUACCGGGUUCAGGACGCUAUCGGCUCGCAAACCGGAUGAACGAGCUUUGCUACGACUGAUGACAAUGGGGCGAGUGGCUGAUAUAUCAUUGGCAGCCUACUUCUCAGAAGCAUUUGACAACUUACCAAAACACAUAAGAAAGGACUUGGUUGAUGGGUUAGGCGCUGAUGGUCUGAAUAUGAAACCCGCUAUCCUACCGUACUAUGCCCCUGGAUUAAUUGCAGAGGCGCUGAGAAACUGCACUGGCAGCUCAGAAGAUACAAAGAGGCACGCUAUAGGGGCGUUGAUGCGGUUUCUUGCCCGGGUUUACAGAGAAACAGCGCCAAAAGCACUUGAGUACCAGCAGGAAACAUCUCCAAAUGUGAUUGAGGUUGACUUGUCCUUUACACAGAUGGUAGUAUCAGGUGAAGAUUUCAGACUAGAUCCCACUGUAUUAGAUGCAGUGCCAAUCCCUAGGCGGCAAAGACAUGAAUGA